UCACUAAGCGUUGAUCAGUGACUAUUCGGAUCCAGGAGCGUUUUGGCGCGCCAGUGUGGAACCAAUUAAAAGUUCCAUGUCAUAUCAUAGUUACUGUUUUGAAUCAGUUCGACCUCGCGCUUUUUGGCUGGCUGUCGUCAUUCAGUCCUACAACCGUAGUUUUGUGAGUUCGUCUUGCUCAGGAUAACAGUCUCCCAGACCGCGUGUUUACCUCUUGCGGGGGAAUACUUUCCCGAAACGGUAUUCACAUCACAUUUGUAAUUAGUAUUGUAAGCAGAAUGAAAAGUGUAAUCCCACUGGCGCUGAUAUGCGCAUACGUUGUAAGAAUGAUUGACGCUGUGCCCAGAGCCGAGAAUACCGCUGGAAUGGCAUAUAACGCUAGCUGCACAAACCCCAACCAGGAAGCCGGCCGUUGCGUGCAUGUUCGAGAGUGUAAAAUAGUGCUCGCCGCCCUGCGAAAGGAAAUUCUCACCGAUGUCGAUAUCGCGUUCCUCUACCAGAGCGAAUGUGGCAAACUGGAGCGGAAAACACUAGUCUGCUGUCCGAAUUACUCCAUUACCCAUCAGCAACCCGAAUAUGGUCAUCCGGGUAGGCCCAUAGGAAGCCAUGGGUCUUUUGGACAUGGCAAUAACGAACAUGGCUUUCACGGUAAUCACGGAAAUCACGGGAAUCACGGGAAUCACGGCAGUCACGGCAAUCACUGGAAUCAUGGCAAUCCUGGCGACCAACAACCGAACACUGGUGGCAACAGUGGGGAUAAGUUGGAUCAGUGGAAGCUACUGCCCCAGCCUGGGGAGUGUGGCACUCAGCCAAGUUAUCAGUUUUUCGGGGAGAAUGUGACGAAAAUUGACGAACAGCCAUGGACGGCUUUGGUUCAUCUAGGCAAUAUGCCGUAUGAAACUACAUUCAAAUGUGGAGGAGUACUUAUCAGUUCUCGUUAUGUUCUAACGGCUGCCCACUGCGUAGUUGAUUCGAAUGAAUGGAGCAAUCUGACCAUUCGUUUGGGUGAGUGGGAUACCGAGUCCACGGUCGAUUGCGUUUCGAUCGAGGAUUUCAGUGAGUUUUACUGCGCAGAUCCGGCAAUAGACGUGUCAGUGGAGAAAGUCAUCAUUCACGAGCAAUACUCCAGCCAGCAUCGACCACAACUCAAUGACAUCGCAUUGCUGCGGCUGGUUAAGCCGGUCGAAAUUAGCACAUGGAUUAGACCUAUCUGCUUGCCAGAGCGCCCUGUUUUGGCGAAGGAUGCCGAGCAGAUCUUCACACUAGCUGGUUGGGGGAACAACGGAUGUGGUAACACUAGUCGCUACAAGGUUCGCUCCAAAUUGAAUGCUUUGAGUCAGGAUCAGUGCAAGGCAAAUCUACCGGCGGGAUUCCGCAAGGCCUAUGACUUCCUGUGCACAGUUACUGUCAACGAUGGUGACAAGUGUCAUGCCGAUUCGGGUGGAGCGUUGACCAGCACAAGACAUGUUUCGGGCUUUGGAGUGGUCCACGAAGUCGCGGGAAUACUGAAUCACAUGAAGGAAUGCGACGCUGGUAGGUCGACGGCCAUAUUCGCCAACGUUGGGCGUUAUGUUGAAUGGAUCGUCAGCAAACUGCAGGAGUGAAUGAAUAAUAAAUUAAAACUGUCACAAUGACCUGGUCUUUUCGUUCAUUAGUUG